AUUGCACUUGUCAAUUGCAAAGUAUUAGAGGGAAAAAUGAAGUGUUUACUUGCGUAUGUUGCUUUGUCGGCUAUUGUUUUUUGCGAAGCUAAUUUGCCAGGCUUACCGUUUCUUCAAAGUGCCUUAUUUAAAAAGAGAUCGUCCGGUAAACGUUUCACGGUUGAAGAGGCAGCUGAUGCCGAUGCUCAACUUCAACGUCGAAUUCAAACAGAAUGUUACCCUAAAGUUAUGGCUUGUUGUGCUGGAAAUCCAAACAGCUGCGCUCAAUGCGAAAAUGAUAUGACCAAAUGUGUUCAUAGAAUCACAAGUGAAAUCUAUGCCUCUUACAAUUACGUUUAUCCCGAUAGUGAUAAGAAGAGAUCUGCACAUCAGCUCGUAGCUAGAGCAGUAGAGAAGACUAAGAGGCAAAUAUCUAAGGCCGAUAUUUUAACUGCUCAGAAAAAUUCCCAACAAAGGGCAAUGACAGAAUGCAAUCAACCAGCUCAGGAGUUUUUUAUGAACUGCCUAUCAAGCGGAAAAUCGCAAAACCAAUGUAGCAGUGAAGUCGAAGCUGUAGUUGCUGAAUGUUCAAAAAAAAUUGCCAUAGAAGAAUUCUCUAAAUUUGGGAUGACUAUACCUUCAAAACGAGGCAUAAAGAGACAAAUUUCGAACGCCGAUCUUGAAAAGAUGCAAAGAGUUGUUACUCAAAGAGUUAGGGAUGAGUGUAGUGGACCAGCUCAGGAGUCAUUUAUGAAAUGUUUAGGAAGUGGUAAAUCUCAAGGUCAAUGUUCAUCUGAACUUGAACCUAUGGUUGUAGCCUGUUCAAACAAAAUAGCUAUGAAAGAAUAUGCAAAGUUGGGUAUUACUAUUCCUGGAAAGAGAGAUCUUAAGAGACAAACUUCCCAGGCUGAUCUUCAGCGUGUUCAACAAAUAACCACUCAAAGAGCAAUGAUUGAAUGCCGUCAACCAGCUCAGAAUUUCUUCUUGAGCUGCAUGGGAAAGGGUCAAAGCCCUGAGCAAUGUUCUUCAGAAGUUGAAGCCAUGGUUAUGGAAUGUUCUACAAGAAUUGCUCAAGAGGAAUAUGUUAAAAUUGGCAUUUCUUUGCCAUCAAAGAGAAACGGACAUAAGAGAGCGGUUAGUGAAGGAGAUAUUCAAAAUGCCCAAAGUAUUGCAUCUAACCGAGCCAUGACCGAAUGCAGGAAGCCUACACAGGAUUUCUUCAUGGACUGCUUGCGCAAAGGUAAUCCCCAAGAACAAUGUUCAAGAGAAGCAGAAUCCGUAGUUGUGGAAUGUUCAAAUAAGAUUGUCCAAGAAGAAUUUGCCAAAAUAGGCUUUAAUUUACAAUCGCUAUCAAAGAGAGAAGAAAUAACUUACGAACAGCAGAUGGCAAUCGCGCAAGAAAUUCAAGAAAAAUGCUCUCCGCAAUCAGAUGCCUGCUUUAAAUCUUGCCAGGAUUUUCAAUGUUUUGAUAAAUGUCAAUUAGAACUUUCUGCUUGCACCGCUGUAAUCUAUCAAAACUAUGGAAUCGAGAUAAUUGACAAGAAACGAUCGCUUUAAGGGAAUCUUGUUAGAUAUUUAAUUGAUAAAUUAUAUUUUCCUAUAAGUAUGUUAGUAUAGAGCAAAUAAAAAAGUUCAAAGGAAACACAUGGAUAUAUAAUUUGAAUAUUAAUUUUUUGUUAUUUGGC